ACACACACCAACAGUGAUACACUUUGAACUUCACAAGACGGGCAGAAAAGUGGGCAUCUUGCUUUCCAUCUCUGCCUUGAGCAAGAUUUGAAAUUUCGAGAAAUAUUUUCAGAUGCCUGGACACAUAUAACACUUCUGGAUGGAGAAGCAUUUGAGGCAGAAAUGGACAGUUUGAAUAAGAGUGUGGAGAAGGUUUCAAUAGGAGCGCCACCUAAGCCUUCUUUUUUCACAUUUGUGCCAGUGGUGCACAAAUUACCAUUUAAAAGCAUUAUUACUGAGGAAGGGGAGAGAUCUGGAGCAGGAAAACCAAAUAAGAUUGUAGCUGUGUCCCAUGAGAAGACAAGCAAGGAGACCAUGUCGGACGGUGAGAUUUUCAAAGCAGAGUUAGUCUUUAUAAAAGACUCUGUGGGGGGAGGAGCAGGAAACGUGAUUAAGCCGGAGACCGAACAUCAACCUUCAUUGGAUCACAUGAGCUUGUCUCACACCAAAGCCUCUCCUUCAGUCAGCGUUCAGUCUGAAAAUACACCCAAUCACGUAGCCACCAGGACGGACUCUAUGGAAACAGCUGCUGAUAAACACAGGGGCAUUUCCCAGCGGCAGUGUCACGAUACCUCUGGACGUGCUGAGGUUAGCUCGGGUUGCUUUGCAAAUAGAGUGUGGGUGUCAGAAGACAGAACAAGCCCCACAAACUCCGCAGACCUGUUCCCCACCCUGGCUUCAUCCAGAGAGUCCAUCCUCUCAGAGGGCUUGGACAUAGACAAGAGCUGGUCUGCCGUGCAGCUUUCCUCCGUGACCUCUCCUUUAAGCCUCAGCUGCACUGUCUCCCCCUGCUCGUCUGUCCGCUCUGGCAUCUUCACUCCCGCUGUCACCCAGAUAAAGAAGCACUUUCUCGCACCUGGCUCUAGUCUGGUUCACAUCCCUCAAAGCUGUUUCUCAUCCUGUGAGAGCCUGUCCUCCUCUGUCUGCCCCCAGUCCUCUCCUCCCCGGCACCGGCCACCUCUCACCCGACUCUCCCUCCUCACUGCCAUCCUGAGAAAAGGCCGUCUUCCUGUUCUGUCCUCUGCUCUGCAGAGACCUUACACCCCCUGCUGGCCUGUUAACCCUGUGACCCUGUCCUUCUGUAAUGCCUGCUCAGCAGCCUCCAGUGUGGCCUCCAUUCCCCUGGAGUUCUCUUCUCGGUUCUCCUCGUCAGCGUCUAUAGAUAGUCAGAGCAACGUUCACAGGGAGACUAAUAGAUGUGUCACCGCUCCUCCACCUGUGCAGUCAAAUGAGCUCAGCAGAACAUGCCCUCAAACUCAAGUUAAAAGAUGCUCAGAGCAAAUUCGCUCAAGCAGUGUGCCUAGAUGGGAGCAGCUUAUUUCACCCACACCAGUGAAGAGCAACGCCCCACCCCAAGCUCCUCUGCCUCUGUUGUGCUCAAACUUCAAAUCUCUUUCUCCAGCAGAGCGUGAAAAAAUGUUAGACUGUAGAACUUCCAAAAACCUGCAACACACACACAUCUCCUAUUCUAAGGCCCCUGAUCUGAACCCAGCAACACUCACAUGUACCUCAAGGGUCACACAGAUAAUAACCUUAAGACUCAUCUCCCUGUCCCCUAAACUUACUCAUGAACAAGAGACCUCAGCGCCCCAGAAAUGGAGUCACUCGCCAAAUUCAUCUCUCUCAAGGCUUCAAUUGCUUUCUCAAAAACUGAGAACUCCACCUGUUUGCCCUCCUCAGCUUCAGCCUCUUCAAUCACAUGCUCCCGGUGUCACAAUUUUCCCCACACGCACAAACACAGCAUCACCUCUCCCUGCUUCACAAAACACAAAAGGAAGGUGUGAGUCAGAGAGGAGCUGCCCUGGCUCCCAAACUGCCACACCAUCACAAAGCAAAGCCCACUGCCUGUCCCCUUCCCGCUACACACCCAUCAGUUUCCCUGGAUGGCCGUCGCCCACCAGCUCCCCCACGCCUACGCCCUCUCCUGCUCCACCAAUCAGAGACCUCACCCCGUCUCCUUCUCUCUCCCUGCGCUCCACCACGCCCUCCCCAAGGCCAGGGAGUGGAAUAUCAGACUGCAGUGACAGGGAGGGUAAAAAAAGAAAGACACACAAGAUUAAGCUGAGCUACAAAUCACUCGCUGCCAUUCCCACAAACACCCUCCUGUUGGAUCAGCAAGCAAUUGAUGAGCAGGUAGAGAGAGAAGACAGUCCCUGUGACAUACUGGACAGAGGUGUUACAUUGGACAGAGGUGACACAGACACCCAUGCUGAGAUGUGCUCACCUGCUCAGCUCAGGCAACAGUCAGAGGAGCUUUAUGCAGUCAUUGAUGAGAUAUUGGCAAAUUCCAUUCCAGCACCCUCCAGGUCAUCGACUACAAACGUUGGUGUGCAGCGGAGCAACUCACCAUUUUCAAAAUCCUUGGGACGUGAAACCAAAUAUGCAUCGUUAUGCAGCUUGCACCCAUCUGCUGGUGUGGAAAGAAAGCUGAUGGAUCCUAGAAAGACAAAACCUGGAGUUAUUCGUCCAAUGACAGCCAUUCCAAGACUGACAGUGGAGGAUGAGGAAGAAUUUCAUCCAAACCCCUUCAAACAGUCUGUCAUCAAGCAGACCUUAACUGACAACAAAAAGGUGGAAAAUAUGAGUCCUAAGGAGGCAGGGAAAGAUCUUUGCACAAGUUCAAAAGGUGUUCUGAUGAGAGAUGAGAGGAAACCUGACAGAAAUAGUCCAUUCUCACUAUGUAACCUGCAGAUUACAGAGCCUGAAGACCAGAUCAGUCGCCAUGCCAAAGAUGCUUCUUUCAGUCCUACCAAGGGGCGGAUGGAAGCUUUUGAGACUCACAUUUAAAACAUUAGCACAAAAGCAUUAACACAUUAGCACAAUGUGUUAAUGCUUUUGUUCAGUUUCACUGAACUAUAAUUUGCAAAGACACAUUCAGUAUUUAAGUCCACUGCACAACUACAGGGGAAAUGACAAGUUAAUGCACCUUAUCUAAAUUAGUGAAUGACUGCAUUAUCAUAUGUACAGCUGUUACAGCAGUUGACAAAAAGGCCUUACAAGGACAAUAAAAAUACAGUUCAACUGACCGUUUGCUAACGAUCUCCAAAUGUCUCCUGCUGACCUGUUUCAAAAUGAGAACCCUGUAAGAUGGUCUGAAAUGUGCACUUAAUUGCUAUAAAUAUACUGCGAGCCUUAUGUUGAGAACUAGUCUUGUCUCUUGUCAGAAGGUAGAAUGUGAUCACAUGGGAUUGUGUAUAAAUACCAUGCCACUUUCAGGACAUUUUGUGUGUCAUUUCUGCGAGUUCUGACAUUUCCAUGCAUUCAUUUAAUGGCCUUCAUUUUACGCACUUUUGGUUAUGGUUAGGGGAGGGUUAAAGGUUGAGAUAUGUGGCGUGUAACAGCAUGUGAAAAGAUAAAAACACGCACUGAUAACACACAAAAUGACUGUGUGUUACUCUUAGGGGGGUGGAAAAACUCAGUCCAUCACUGACAGAGGGAGACACAAUAUCCACUAAAUAUGAGGAUGACAACGCACAUUUCCAGACAGGCUCCCCUGCAUAGUGAUGCACUGGCUGUACACACAAAAAGUGACAAAAAUCAUUGCGCUGUGCGUGUAAAUGUUGAUUGGACAUUUGUUUUUUGGGGAACAAGUUUAGCAAACAGUCAAUUGGUGCUAAACUGUGAUACCAUUUUUCCUUUAAAAAAAGUAAAAGCUAUAUUGAAUUAUUAAAGAAAAAUGUAAAAACUUACUGUAUGGCCUUUUAUAUGUUGAAUUCACAAAUAAUCAACAUGGUAAGGGUAAUCGUAGUUUCAAAUUAUGUAACUCAUUCCCUACUCUAAAGAAAAUACUAUUUUAAUAUUACUAAAUGAUUUGAGGAGAAACUAUAAUGUAAUGUAUGUAAUAAAGGACUUCCUUAUCUUG